CACACCACACACUUAACGGCGCACGCCUCCACCUCACACGUACCCCAUUCAUCUGAACACGGUUCCUACAGCACCUGUCCGGAUGAGCUACUCGGUUGACCUUCUCGGAAGUCCCUUCCGGAGAGUGAUGGACACUAGGACGAGCUACAGCCGUAGCAGCGGUGGCUCAGCCUCCAGCGGCUUCCGUUCGCAGACAUGGUCCCGGGCCAGCCCGAUCUCAUCCGUCCCCUACAAGAGGACGAUGAACACGGAGAGCAUGGACCUGAGCAUGGACCUGACCACGCCGUCUUCUGCGCUCAACGAGAAAGAGCAGCUACAGGGUCUGAACGACCGCUUUGCAGUGUACAUCGACAAGGUGCACUUCCUGGAGGAACAGAACAAGCAGAUCGAGGCAGAGAUCAACGCUCUAAGGCGGAAGCAGGUUUCCCGCACACAGCUGAGUGAUGAGCACGAUCGGGAGCUGCAGGAGCUUCGGACCGCUAUUGAGCAGCUGCACAGCGACAAGGCGCGCCUGCAUCUUGAUGCUGAGCGCCUCCAGGAUGACAUCCAGCGUCUGCGUGAGCGUCUGGAAGACGAAUCCCGUGUGCGCGCCGAUACCGAAGCCAUGACACGUUCUCUUAAGAAGGAUGCCGGAGACGCCGCCCUGGGCAAAGCAGAACUCGAAAAGAAGAUCCAGGCUCUCCAAGACGAGAUCUCGUUCGUCCGCGGCGACCACGAAGAAGAAGUCGGAGAGUUGCUCGCACAGCUCCAGGCAUCGCACGUCGUUAGCGCCGAAAAGAGGGAGUGGCAGAAGGCGGACAUCACCGACGCUCUGCGAGAGAUCCGCACCCAGCUCGAGGGUCACUCCAACCGCAACCUGCAGCAAGUUGAAGACUGGUUCAUAUGCCGCUACGCCAAAUUGACGGAAGCCGCGGAGCAGAACAAGGACGCCAUCAAGUCCGCCCGGGAUGAGAUCUCAGACUACCGGCGCCAGCUGCAGGCCAAAACGGUGGAGCUCGAGGCGGCCCGCGGGACCAAAGACUCGCUGGAGAGGCAACUGAGCGACAUCGAGGAGAGACACAACUCCGACCUAACCAGUCUUCAGGAAACCAUCCACCAAUUGGAUAAUGAGCUGAAGAGCACGAAAUGGGAGAUGGCAAGACAUCUGCGUGAAUACCAAGACCUGCUGAAUGUAAAAAUGGCUCUAGAUAUAGAGAUUGCAGCAUACAGGAAACUCCUUGAAGGAGAGGAGACCCACUUCAGCACAUACCCCUACCGCCAGACCGUCACUAAAGGCCCCAAGGUCAAAACAGAACCCCCUAAACUGAGGGUCCAGCACAAAUUUGUGGAAGAGAUCAUCGAGGAGACUCGAGUGGAAGAUGAGAAAUUGGAGAUGGAAGAGGCCUUGGCAGAGAUGGCCGCAGAACUGUCUGAAAAGAAAGAAGAUGAGGGAGAGGAAGAAGGAAAAGAAGAAGCUGAAGCUGAAGAAGAGGCUGAGGAGAAAGAGGGAGAGGAGGAGGGGGAAGAAGAGGUUGUUGCUUCUGCCCAAGCCCAGGUGAGUGCCAGCACUCCCGCUGAGGAAGCUGAGACUAAAGAAGGUGAUGAGGAAGAAGGUGAGGAUGAAGGAAAGGUUGAUGAAGAAGGUGAGGAGGAAAAGGAAGAAGAAAAGGGAGCUGAUGCAGAAGAAGCUGAGGAAGGAGAAGGCGAGGAAGAAGCGGAGGUUGAAGAAACCAUGUUGAGCACUAAGGUACCUGAGUCAAAGGCCUCACUAGAGAAAGAAAAAGCUGAAGAAGAAGAAGGAGGAGAAGAAGAACAAGAAGCAGAAGAAGGUGCUGCAGAAGAGCAGGCUGGAGAGGAAGAAGCUGAUGAAAAAGAAGCCAAAACUGAGGAAAAAGAACCGGAAAAAAAGGAUGAGCCUGAGAAAGAGGACAAAAAAGGAAAAGAUGAUAAGGAGACCAAGACUGAUAAGGCUGAGUCUCCAAAAGUAGAAUCACCAAAAGAGUCUCCAAAGGCUCCAUCUACAAAGAGCGAGUCUCCAAAGGCUUCAUCACCAAAGAGUGAGAGCCCAAAAGCCUCUUCUCCAAAGAGUGAGAGCCCAAAAGCCUCUUCUCCAAAGAGUGAGAGCCCAAAAGCCUCUUCUCCAAAGAGUGAGAGCCCAAAAGCCUCUUCUCCAAAGAGUGAGAGCCCAAAAGCUUCUUCUCCAAAGAGUGAGAGCCCAAAGGCCCCAAAAGCAGAGGAAGCCAAGAAAGAAACACCAAAACCAGACUCUCCAAAAAGUGAAAGUCCCAAGAAAGAAAUAGCCACAGAUGAGCCACAGAAGAAAGAAGAAACAAAACCUGAAACAGAUGAAAAACCCAGCAAGGAUGAAAAGCCUGAAGAGAAGAAGACAGACAAGAAAGAAGACACUGGAAAGGCAGAUAAAGACGAAAAGGAGCCAGAGAAGAAAGACGUGAUCUCAAAUGGUGUGGAUGAAAGCCCUACCAAGGAUGACCCUAGCCAGAAGGUGGUCAUCACCAAAACAGUGGAGACCAUCACCACUAGUGAGGAUGGAGCCAAGCAUGUCACCAAGCAAGUCACAGUAACUGAAACAGUGAAAGCAACAGAUGAUACUGUGGAGGAGAAAAUGGUGGCUUCCAAGAAAGUGGAGAAAGUCUCCACUCACACCGUAAAGCAGAUCACAGAAAACGAGUAGACAAGCACCUAACCUGCAAAGAUACGUCAAAGAAGAUGCUAGUGCUCCAACCCAAGCUAACUUUACAAAGAAACCAUAAAGCUAAAUAACAAUGUAUCUAAUUACAUUAACCACUCUGAAAAUUUAACACAAUUUAACAGAAACAAAAAAAUGCAUAGAGAGAAGCCAUAAGAUGCGGCAAGCUAAAAAUUUUAAAUGCAUGUUGAGUGACAGCUUUAAAUCGGUUUAGCUGCAGAUGCUGUGAAGGUAUAAGGGUCACGAAUGUCUUCCUUUCUGUCUGCAAUACCAGGGGGUGGGCAUGGGGUGGGCAGGGCACUUGGGGUGGGCGCGUCUGCAUGCCAG